CUUUGAUAAUUUCCUUUCCAGGUCCUUCUCUGCUUCUUCUCGACCUUUCUUUACCAAAAUCAGUUGCUCUCUCUCUCUCUCUCUCUCUCUCUCAGCUUCUAAAGUCUUCAUCUUUCUCGAAAAUACCUGAACCUUGUCUGAGAAUGAUCUAAAUAAGAUCUUUCUUCAUCGCCGAUCCACCUUCUGAUAUAGGUCAAUGGAACAAUUCAACAGUGAUGACAAGUCCAUAGGAAAAACAACAAGGGUUGUUGAUUCUGAGUUGUCUGAUUCUGAUUUUGAGGAUGAUUUUGAAACCACUAAGACAGAGACAGAUACAUCAGCUCAAGAGGCAAGAAAUGGGAAAGACGUUCAAGGGAUUCAGUGGGGAGGGUUUAAGUACACUAGAGACGAGUUUCGUGAGACUAGGUUGAAAGAGUAUGAGAACUUUGUCAAUAUCUUAACCCCGCGUUCUCGGGAAAAGCUCGAUAAGGAACAUCGGCAAGUUGAAAAAGGAAAGAACUUUUACGAUUUCCAAUUCAAUACAAGGCUUGUCGCAUCUACUAUUGUGCAUUUUCAGCUUCGGAAUUUGGUAUGGGCGACAUCAAAGCAUGAUGUAUAUCUUAUGCAAAAUUAUUCACUCAUGCACUGGUCAUCUCUACUCCAGAGAGGGAAAGAAGUAGUUAAUGUCGCCAGAUCAGUUACCCCCACUCAGAAACUACCUGGAUUGUUUUCCGAGCCACUCUCUAGGGUGCAAGUUAGCAGCAUGACAGUCAAAGAAAAUCUGAUCCUGUUAGGAGGGUUUGAUGGGGAGCUUCUCUGCAAGUGUGUAAAUCAGCCUGGGGUUGCUUUUUGCACAAGAUUAUCAACGGAAGAGUAUGCCAUCACAAACACAGUCGAUAUAUACCGAAGUCCAAGUGGCUCACUAAGGCUUAUAACCGCAAAUAAUGACUGUAAAAUUCGGGUGUUUGAUGCUCAGAGCUUUACACGUGUCAGUGAAUUUGCUUUCGAUUGGUCUGUCAAUAAUACCUCAGCUAGCCCAGAUGGAAAGCUACUUGCUGUACUCGGGGACAGUACAGAAUGUUUGAUCUCUGAUUCCCAUUCUGGAAAAGUUAUUUCAAGCCUCAAAGGCCACAAAGACUACUCGUUUGCAUCUGCAUGGCACCCGAAUGGUCUAAUCUUGGCAACUGGAAACCAAGACACGACAUGCCGUCUCUGGGACAUUCGGAAUCCAUCAGAAUCAUUCGCUGUCUUGAAAGGAAAUAUGGGAGCCAUCAGAGGACUGAAGUUCACACCAGGAGGGCGGUUUCUGGCCAUGGCCGAGCCUGCAGACUUCGUUCACAUCUUUGACAUGGAGUCCGGGUUUCUACAGUCUCAAGAGUUUCUUGUCUUCUCUUUUUACUGCAGUGGCUCACUAAGGCUUAUAACCGCAAAUAAUGACUGUAAAAUUCGGGUGUUUGAUGCUCAGAGCUUUACACGUGUCAGUGAAUUUGCUUUCGAUUGGUCUGUCAAUAAUACCUCAGCUAGCCCAGAUGGAAAGCUACUUGCUGUACUCGGGGACAGUACAGAAUGUUUGAUCUCUGAUUCCCAUUCUGGAAAAGUUAUUUCAAGCCUCAAAGGCCACAAAGACUACUCGUUUGCAUCUGCAUGGCACCCGAAUGGUCUAAUCUUGGCAACUGGAAACCAAGACACGACAUGCCGUCUCUGGGACAUUCGGAAUCCAUCAGAAUCAUUCGCUGUCUUGAAAGGAAAUAUGGGAGCCAUCAGAGGACUGAAGUUCACACCAGGAGGGCGGUUUCUGGCCAUGGCCGAGCCUGCAGACUUCGUUCACAUCUUUGACAUGGAGUCCGGGUUUCUACAGUCUCAAGAGAUUGAUCUGUUUGGAGAAAUAGCAGGGAUCUCGUUCAGCCCCGACACAGAGGCACUAUAUGUUGGGGUUGCAGACCGCACUUAUGGAAGCUUGAUGGAGUUUAAGAGGAAAAAGGAUAAUCACUAUACGGACUCUUUUUUCUGAGAACAGGUGUAGCCGUGUAGGGCACAUCUAAAAUGUGGUAACAAUCUGCCUUAAAGUUUAUAUGUGAAAAACAAAACAUAAUUUUGUUUAUCUGAGUAUCGUGAUGGGUCUUUUUUGUUGUAAUAUAUGUUAUGUAAGUGUAUAAAUCAAUCAGUGUAUGUAUGUGAUCCUUCUAGUUUGCCAUUGUUUUUUUUUUCCCCAAACUCUUAAAAGGAUAUAUUAUUAUGUCUAAAGACUCUUUCCUUGAA